GACAUUCCUUUUGACACAUUCUAAUUUUUAUUUGAUUACCUUUAUUUUUUCAUUUCAAUCCUCUCCUGCUGCAUUCUAUUUCUAUCCCCAAUCGCCAUCAUGAACACCAUAAAUCAGGAUAUGUUCCUGCUGGAUUGCCCAACAUAUGAGGAUUAUUUGGAUACCUUCAUAACUUUGGACGAUCAGCGAUUUAUACGCAACAUACGCGUCUGCCGUAUGCUGGUAGAUAUGGGUUACCGCUCAAAAACAGAAAUUUAUAGCCGUGAAGAAUUUCAGCAACAUAAGGCUGCGGUGGAGGAAUCAUUGUGGCCCAUUAAAAAGGCGCCUAAAAUUUUUAGCGAUGGCAUGAAAUCGACAGAUGCUGUUCUUAUCGAAAUGGCAGCACGCGAACGGCCGAAUGUGCAGAAAAUGAUAUCGACCAUAAUUUUUCUUGAACAUCGCCUUAAAAAUGGUUUCAUGGUUUCCGGCUACAUAGACUAUGAAGAUAGUCUCCAUUUGGCAAAUCAGCAAGCUGAAGGAUGCACCGACUGGUCUGCAGUAUUUGGGGAACGUAUCAAAUUGAAGCCUAAACGCAGCGAUUUAAGUUACUACGAUUGGCUCAAAAACAGAAAUUACAUAGUACUGCAUGAUCUCAAGAAUGGUCUAAUCUUCAUGCACAAGGGUGAUCGCAAGAAAAUCUGUAUGGAUGACAAGAAAUUGUGUAGUGAGAAUGUGGGCAAGAGUAUGCAGUACUCGCAGCGUUAUGGACUGGUUACCUUCUAUGACCAUGUGAUGCGCAAGAAGAUUUGAGAGCAUCCAUCAAGGCAGGCAGAUGUUUUCUUUUUUUUUAGUUUCCCAAUAAGAUGUUUUUGUUUACAUGCUAGUGGGUUGGGGUGUGGUGGAGACGUUGGAUUUUUUUUUUGGCUUCCAUCCAAACAUGAACAGACUUUGUUGGUGGGGUCCCGCCACCUAUGUUUAGAAUAUGCUGAUCACAACAAAGGGUCUGAAUAAGAGUGUCACCGCCAUUUA